AUGAAUUGGGUAAAAAAUCCGCAUCUUUUGAGGUAUGACGUGAAAAAAUUGGAGCAAUUUUACUAACCAAAAGAGUGUAAAAAAUACACAUAUCUUAAUAAAAGUAACAGCUUCAUUGCAACACAUAAAAUAUAAAAAAUAGUAUAAUAUAUGUAAAUUGUGUUUUUACAGGAGCAAUUAUGUCAGAGCAGACUUUCCAACCGGCAAAGAGAUGCUGAAAGACAAAACGGGUGAUGUGGUCUUGGUUCCGAUCGUCGUCACCACCGUCGACGUGCAAGAUUUUGAUUUUUCUGUUCCGGUGUUUAAAUCUUGGUAGGUAGGUUAAGUUAAGUUAGGUAAAUAAUAAUAAAUGCAAUUUUAAUUUAUAUUUCUAAUUUAAGUAAAUAUGAUAAUAAAUGAAACAUUGUUUUUUAUUUAUAAUUUAUUUUUUCGAUAUAAUAACAAAGUGGGGCCUUACUUAGGUGAGUAAUUGUCUUGUUAUUCUAAAACUCUAAGUGUUGCAUAGGGUUCAGUAUUGCGUAACAAUAGCAUACUAAGCAAUUUUUUUUUUUUGAGAUCUUUACUACCUAGAAACGAAUAUUAUAUAUAACCUAUGCUUUAAGUAGAUAUGCUUCAACCCCUCCCCCCAUUAAAAAAAAAGCUUUCCUAGGAUAGGACUAAUGUAUACAUUAAAUACCUCUUCUACUAUCUUCUCAACUUCUCACUUACAACAGUAGCUGCACCAACGUAUGAGGUAUGUGCGUCUUUUUUUUUUCAUUUAUUCCCUUCUAAAUUUAAUUCAGUAUGUCCAAUUCGAUGGUAGGAUAUAUAUAUAUAUAUAUCUGUAAGCAACGAUAAGCCAUUGCUAAUGAAAAUACGAUUCUAAGCGGAGUUUGGUUGAUAGCGUAGCUUUGACUAUAAUAUAUAUGUUAUAUUAUGGUAAAAUAAUUACAUACCUAUGCAUUGUAUAUUUUUUUUAAUAAUAUUUGUUUAAUAUUAUACCUAUUUUUCGUUUUUCUUAUGUAUUUCCCAUGCUUUUUUCUGAUUUUUCCAAUUUAUUGGGAAAAAUCCUGGGAAUAUCAAAAAAUGACUUCCUUAAAGCACCUCUCCAGUCAGAUUGGGAGUUACAAUUGUAAAUUGAUGCAAAAUUUGUGGUAGAAAAAUUGUUCACAGUGAAAAAAAAAACAUUAUUUAAAAUUAAUACAUCCAAGGAACAUCUAUAAGGUUAGGUAAGGUAAGAUACAUCUAUCUAAAAGAUAAUAAUAUUAAUAACAAUUUGAACUCAAUUAAUAUAAUUUAACAAUAUAGUUAUUGUGAUAUUAUAUUUUUGUCAGGCAUAUUAUUGGGAUCGAAAGGACUGUUUUGGAAAAAAUCAAAAUUAAGAAUAUUAGAUAAUAAUAAGACUUAUUUAUUUAUUUAUAUUUAGUAGUCUGUUAUCAGAUAUUUUAUAAUCAAUUAGUAACUUUGAAAGUUUCAAUAUUUUGCUAGAACUAAGGUGAUACUCUAAAGAGGUCAUUUUUUGGUUUUCCAAGGAGUUUUCCCAAUAAAUGGAAAAAACCGAGAAAAACAUAGGGAAAACGUAAGAAAAAUGGGACAAUAGAUACAAUAUUAAACAAGUAUUAUUAAAAAAAAUGUUUAAUGUGUAUGUAAUUAUUUUACUAUAAUAUGACAUAUAUAUUUUUGGCAAAGCAAUUAUAUCAAUAAAUUCCACUCAGAAUCGAUUUUUCCUUGUCAAUGGUUAAACGUUGUGUACAGAUUACAUUGAAUUCCUAUCUUUUAAAUUUCCCACCUACAAUAUAAUACAAUAUACUCGUACCCGUCUUCAUUAUCCUAAGAUAGAUUUGUUUUUUGUAUACUUGUAUUUAUUGAAAAAAAAAAACACAACAAUAAAUCAAUAAAUCAUAAAUAAGGCUCGUAAGUUAUAGAAGCUAAAAAAAGGCAAUACAGUAGAAUCCGCUUAAUGGGGACACACCGGGCGGUAACUUAUUUGUCCCCAUUAUCCGACUAUCCCGAUUAGCCGAACUGACGAAAAAAAACAACUUUAGAAAAACUAAAAAACUUUAUUUAAAAAAUAUAUACAUACUUGAUUCAUACUUUAUUUAAAAAUUACAUAUUAUUAUUAUUAUUAUUAUUAGCAGUUGUACAUUAUAUUUACUAUUUAGUAUAAUUAUAUCGUAAAUUUAUUUAAUACAUUUUGUACAUACUUAAUUCAUAUUUUGUUAGGCUGCAGAAAAUCGUCCAUUCUUCUUUGCUGUAAUUUAUCAAGACUUUGCUUAUUGAUAAAAUCUGAAAAAACAUCUAGUGAAGUUGUUGGGACAUUUUCGUUUCCAUUUUGCAUGUAAUAUAGUCUCAGCUGAUCAAUGCACUUUUCUGCUUCUCUUGUUGUAAUUUUGACGGGUUGAACGUCGUCAUUUUCAUCACUGUUGGGAUGUGGUCCAGCAUUAUCAACAAUUGUACAAUUUUCCUUGAUUGUNCCAUUUCCUACGCAUUGCGCUACAUUAUUUUCAAUAGAAACAAAAGGAGGAAUAGGUAAAUCAAUGAGUGUUCUGAAACCGCAACGUGCAAAAUAAUACUGAUUCGUAACAGACGACACUUUUCUCUAGCUGUCAGCGACAAAUUGUAUAGCUUGUAAAAUAUUUAUUUUAGAACUGAUAUCUAUAGCACAUGAAGAUAGAGUUAAUAAAUUAUCUUCAAUAGCCUUCAAAAUGUAUGUCACCAGCAGUCCACGGUAAUGAGUUUUUAAAUUCUUAAUGAUCCUCAUAUCGAGUGGUUGAAUGAAAGAAGUAGUAUUUGGAGGCAGAAACUCAAGUGUGAUAUUUUUUAAAUCUAUCAAGUGGGGAUGUGGUCCAGAAUUAUCAACAAUUAAUACAAUUUUCCUUGAUUGUUUUCCAAGCUCUUUGUCCCAGUCUUUCAACCACGAUGUAAAUAUUACUGCUGUCAUCCAUGCAUUUUUAUUCGCUAAAUAAGAAACGGGCAAGUUUGUUAUUUUUAUAUUUUUGAAACAUCUUGGCUUUGCUAACUUUCCGAUUAUCAACAGCUUUUUUUUUAUCUGUGCCUGCCAUAUUACAACAACACAAAACUGUUAUACGAUCCAUAGCUUUUUUGAUCCUUCGAGUGUUUCAUGUUUAUAGCACAAAGAACCAUCCGGAGUCGCUCGGUAGAAUAAACCGUAUAUGUAUAUGUAUGCAAAUAUGCACGAACAAAUUCUAAAAUAUGCAUGAAAAAAUGUUAAAUAUGCAAAAAUGUAAUAAGUAUACGAAAAAUUAUUCAGUUUAUUUUUCAAAAAUAUAUAAUGUCAUUAUUAACAUGCAUAAAAAAGAUGAAAAUUAAAUACGAAUCGCACCGUUGUCGUUAAAUUAAUAAUAGACUGAGACGAUAAGAAAUAACAAUAAAUAACUACGUUGAAGUGCAGUCACAAAGAUAGCACCAGCAUGUUUGUGUGUAAAUUUCCACACACAGGCCCUAGGGUCUCUAGGAAAAUCCAAAAAUGCUAGAAAAAUCUAGUGAAAUUCUUAACAAAAUUUUGAUACUAGUUUUAUAGUCAUACCAUAAUGUGCCUAUGUUAACUUGAUAGACAUCAUUAACUAUAGUUAAUACUAGAUAUACUACAUUUAUUAGAUAAUUAUACUUACUAAUAUUGAUACAAUAAUAUUUUCAGGUACGAGCUGUAUUCCAAGUAUACCGUCAAUCGAGCGACUUCGGUGUCGUACUUAGUUACUUGGAGUCCGGAAGUUUGGAUGGCGUUCGGAUUGACAAUGUUCGUAAUCGUCUUGUGUAUGUGGCUUGUCGCUCAAGUCAGGUUUGUACAUAUAAUAAUAAUAAUUAUUUAUCUCAGUGUUUCUAAAAGGGUGUUUAUCGGCACACUGGUGUGCAAUGAAAUUUGAAAGGCGUGUUGCGACAAAUUGAACUUUAUUCUAUUAAAGAACCAUCGUAAAAUAAUUAUAUAAUUUUAUUAAAAACAAUUUUUGGAAAUAUUAAAUAUAAAAUCAAAUUUAAAAUAUAACGGAAUAAAAAUAAUUUGAAUACAAAUAAAAUAAUAUUGAUUUAUUAUCAUAUCUCCAAAUUUGAGUGUGAAACGUGUGUCUGGUGUUUAGAUUACAAAUUCAACAAAAAAAGUUUCUUGUCGUUUUUUUACUGGAAUAAUAUUCCUGGUAGAAAUUAUAAAACGUAACAAUUUAAAAUCCAUAAGCAACCACUCAUUUAUAUUCUCUUCAUCACAAUCUCUAAAUACAUGAACUUGGCUUAUACACUUCAGUAUUACAGUUAUUUCAAAGCUAUUUAGUUCCAUGUUUUGGGUGUCCUCAGCUCACUUUAGUAACUUAUUCUAUAUAUGGUUUUAAUCCGAAUAAUUGGACGUCCGGUUGAUUGACGUUCGGAUAAUCGGCGUUCCGCUAUAACGGAAACGUUACGCCAUAAAUUUAUCAGUUUUUGUCUUUUUUGGUUUUCUCUAAUUAUUAGGAAUACUGUUUAAAAAAUUAAAAAACGACUUACUUCCUCAGUAACUAGAUCCAAAAUGAACAAAAAAGUUCACAUGGAUUAGGUAUUAAUAUCGAUAUCUUCUUAUCUUCCAUUUUGGAAAUAAAGGAAAUGGGUUGCAUCUUGGGGAAAAAAUGAUUCUAUAAUUAUUAUUUUUAGGCAUUUUUCGUAUGUGUCUGUCGGUGAUGCGAUUGCUGUGACCGCGGACGACAGAGUUCCUCCUCCCAGUCUAAUAUCGUAUUUUUUUAUCGUGUGGGGAUCAAUUUGCAGUCAAGGUACGUAUGAGGAGAUGUAAUAAUUAUUAAUAAUCGAACUAAUACGAAAACGUGAGUUUCUAGAGUAUGUAAGUACAUCGGUUACAAUUGCAGGGGGGCAAGGAGGGAUAUUUCGUCUCUGCUUUUUCGUGCUUAUUAUACCUAUUCUUAGAUAUUGAUGUCUCACUUCUAAUUCUCUUUUCUAUAAGUUUUUCCCAUAUCUUUAAACUAUGACUCAUACAUUUUAUUCAUUUAUAAUUUACACAUUCUUGUACAUCUCCUUUCUUUUUAAAAUAGGUAUUACAAAAAUUCUUUCUCCAUACAUCUGUUAUUUUUAAUUUUAUUAAUAUCUUAUUGAAAAAAAUCUUUUAACCAACCUAGUUAUAUCUAGCUCCCCUAACAUUUUAUUUUAUAAUUUUUAAAUAUUAAACUAAAAUUGUGUUGUUUAUUAAAACAUAGGUAUGUUCAUAUAAAUAAGUAAAAAACUAAUAGGUAACUUAAUAGGUAAGUUUAUUAAAAUAAAUUAAUAAAUAUUGGUUAAAUAUUUGUUGUGUGUUAAAUAUAUCAUAAGUUAAUCAAAGUUAUCGAAGGGCCGCCCCUCCUCCCCGAAAAAAGUUCAAAAACCUCCACCGUUACUCUGUACUCUAUAUCUUUUAAACUUCAUAUCCACUUUAAUGGCCUACUAUACUUAUCGUGAAAAGUACAUCGGGCUUUUUAUAGGUAGGUACGUUUCGUCCCGUUUUUAUUGCUACAGUUGUUAUUAAUUGGCGUUUUGAUCAUAGGACUUCAUACGGUCAGCACGGAGGCGUGUUCAGUGAGGGUUGUAUCCUGGGUCACCUUGCUAUUUGGACUGUGCAUCAGUACCUCGUACUCGGCCGUCCUGUUUUCUCGGUUGACCGUCGAUAAGUCUGAUUUGGGAAUUCCUACGUUGGAGUCUGUAGCAAGGCAAAGGACACACGUGCUGUGUGUGCGCCGCUCCAGUUUCGGCGCUCUACUAUUUAAGGUAAAUAACGGAUAAAAUGUAAUAUACUAUUUAAACGUUUUCUUCUUAGGUUUUACAAUAAUAAACAAAUAAUUUCUAACUGGAAAAAUAUGUUUUAUAUCCUUGUGCGUGCGUGAAAAUAAUUAGGUACAAUUAAGGAAAGUAUUUGGGGCCCAAGUCCACAUAAAAUAUUUCGUGUUUUCAAAAUCUCAACAACUGUGUUAGGUUAAUAUAAUAUUUAUGGCGUAGGAAAAGUAGCAUUACCUAAGUGUACCUAACCUUACAAAAAUUACAUAAAAAAUUUUACAAAUAGGUAUUUGUAUUAAUAUAGUACCUAUUUUUCCGGUUUUUUACUUUUUUUUUUUUAAAUUUUUCCUGUGAAAUAGAGCUACACUAAAGGUCAUAAUAUUUUUUUACUAAUAUCUAUAUUUCGUAUAUUUUCCUACAUUUUUUCGAGGUUUUUCUCAUUUAUUGGGAAAAUUUAUUGGAAAAUUAAAAAAUAUCGUCUCUAAAGUACCAGUCCAGGAAAGCUACCUUUCAGAAAAGGUGCUAUACUUCGAAACAAGAAUGUUGGUAGAAUUUUGUACACUGUAUAUAUAUAUAUAUAUAUAAAACAAUUUAAUGUAAUCUCGGGACUAUAUUGAGACCGAUGAUUGGUUACGACAAUUCCCGUAAUACCGGGAAUGUCAAAGUAUUUCGGGAUUGUAUUCUGUAAUCUCGUAAUUUUCAUUUUCUGCAGGCCAAUGAAACGGACUUGGAAUAUAUGAAAGAGUGGAGGGGGGUGGUGAAUGAGCCACCAUGUCCGCAGACGGACUACGAGGGAGUGGUUACCAUGGCCAAGGCGGUGUGCCGGGAAAAUAAUUUGCUGGUUUUGGAGACGCCAAAUGUGAUGGCUAGGGCCAUGGCUGACCAGGAUGGUUGUCGGGUCGUAUCCUUGGCUGGGCGGCACGCGGUCGCCUAUGCAUCCUUGCUCACCGCUAAAGGUUCAUCAUACACAUCCGAGAUAAACAACAUGUAAUGUAUAAUAUAAAGAAAUUCUUACUAAUAUAAUAUAAUCAAUAGUUUAUCAUCAUUAACCUGUAUAUUUUUAACCUGUUAAAACCUUUGUAUGCCAAUGGCCAUAGUCACCGAGGUUUAAUAUAAAAAAAAAAAAAGAAAAAGAAAUUCUUAGGUAAAAAAAAAAACUUCUUUUGCUAGAUUUCAAUAGAUCUUUUAUAGCUAGUGAAAAAGAUUUGAAAAGUGUCAUUACUAUUUGAAUCAGUUACACUUUAAAUUUAAGUAGAGAUUAAGGCUUCCUUAGAAUUAGUUUGCAUGUUGGUAUUACUCAACAUGUUACCGCUUUCUUGUUACAUUAAAUAUUUAUACAUACAGAGUACCGUAGUUUUUUGUUUGCAGCUCAUGAAAUGGUCUCGUGUUUUUUUAUGAUAAAAUAAACUUUUAAUAACGACGUCAAAAUGUAAUGAACCGUAAUACGACGAGAAACAUACCGUUUGUACGUGCCAGUGCUAUAAUAAGAUACUUUAAAUUAGUAUCUAGAUACAGAUACAUUUUAUUUGAAAGUAUCUUAAGAGUAUCAUCAGAUACAUUUAGGAAGACGGAUUUAAAUAAAUAUUUAAUUCAUUAAAAAUAUAGGAUUAUAAAAUUAUAACAAAAUAAGUAAUGGGUACAUAAUGUAUAAUACAAUAAUUUUUGUCUACAUGUUUAUGUCAAUUUUCAAAUAUAAUUUUAUUCUUAUAAAGUUAUGAGUUAUAAUACAUAAUACAUAACAAUAAUUUUAAAAUAUUAGUUAAUUAUUAGUAAAUAUAAAAUAAAUAAUAGAUAUUAUCCACCCGUCAAUACAAAAUAGUCAUAUACUCAUACAUAAUAAUUUAUAAUAAUAAAGAAAUAAGAAAAUAAAUUGUUGAUAUUUUUAUUCAAACAAAAUUAUAUUUUAGAAUUUUACGUUAUUUUCAUAUUUUAUUCAUCCAAAAAAGUAAGAAUUGUAUCUUAAAAAUUAUCUAAGAUACUUUCGUUAGGAUACUCAAUAUUUUGUAUCUAAAAAUCGUGGAGUGAGCUUGUUAUAGUUGGGAAAUAUCGGAAGGAAAUUAUCACGAAAAAAAUGCGUAAAAAAAAAUUAUCUUGUAGUGACUCUACAAGUCAGUUUCACUUAAGACUCCAUUACUUACGGUUUUAUAUAAUACUAGUUGUCCCGCGCCCGGCGUUGCCCGUACCAAUUUUUAUUAUUAUUAUUUUACCCAUAUUCAUUUUUGGUUUUGGAAUGGCCAUGUUAGAAUUGAAUGAAAACAAAUAGGUGGAAAGUGGGUAGUCCACCUGCAGCGGCCUAAAUGUGUUCUAUUGUGAUAUUUGAAUAGUGUAAAUAAUAGUGAUAAUAAAAAUUAUAAUAGUUUUAUUUUAUGUGUCGGUGACUCGUUGACAGGCCAGUCUAUCUCAAUGCAUUAGCUCGACGGCGUUCAUUGCGUUGCUCUUGACUUUCAUUAGUACGUGUGAUUACAGCCUGGUUUCUUAAAUUUUCAUUGUCCUCGAUUUUUUUUUAAAUGGGGGGGGAGGUUGAUGGAUUUCAAAGGAAGUUAAGCCUUAUUUAACUUAUCAGGGAGUGGGGAUGCUCGACAGCAGGAAAGCACGUGUACCGUAUUAUAGCUAAUUGCUUGUAUUACUUGUAUUACGGUUCAAAUCACCACCUUUGCGUUUUGUUGCCAUUGAAAUAUGUGCAAAACACACGUACAUAGGUUAGGUUAGUUUAGCAAAAUUAGCCAAAUCGGCCCAGCCAUUCUCAAUUGUUAUUGGCACGCGAGUGUCACGGAAACUAAUAAUAAAAAAUAACCACAUAGAGUGUAUAUUAUCUCUGCAUGGAAAAAUAAUAAUUGUUGAAUAUCGUGCGUGCUAGUAUACUUUGACUUAAGAGGCCAUAACUCCGGAACCACUUAUCGCAGAGCAUAUAAACUUAGAUAGUAGCCGAUUCUCAGACCUACUGAAUAUGCAUAUAAAAUUUCAUGAGAAUCGAUCAAGCCGUCUCGGAGGAGUAUGGGAACGAAUAUUGUGACACGAUAAUUUUAUAUAUAAGAUAAUAUAUGAUACAGAAAAUAAAGUCCUAUUACAAAUAAAUAACAAUGACAGUGCUAAAGUUCAUAGUAACAUAACAUUAAUCCAUAUUCCUCUGUAGAUAAAAUAAAAAUAACAGAUUUAUCAAGGUUAUCAUAAAUAUAUUAAUUGUUUAUAAGUUGUUGUACACGAUUGGAAGUUUUGUUUUAAGUUUGUAUCGUUCUUACCUAAUUAUUAUAGUGCACUUUUAGAUUCUGAGUGAAGCGAAAAAACUUAUGGUUUUUCAAAGAUGUUUUUUUUAUUUUUCAUCUGUGAACAACUUUUCUACCAGAAACCUUGCUCCGAUUUUUAAGUGUAGUACCUUUUCUGAAAAUAAAUCAAACUGGGGGGGGGGGUACUUUGAACAGGUCAUUUUUCGAUUUUCUCAUUAGAUUUCUCAAUAAAUUGGAAAAACAGGAAAAACCAUAGGAAAACAGAAAAAUAGGUACAAUAUUAGACAAAUAUUAUUAAAGAAAAUGUAUAAGGUCUAUGUAAUUAUUUUAUCAUAAUAUAGCAAAUAUUAUAUUGUUGACAAUGCCUCUACACUAUCAACUGAACUUCACUCAGAAUCAUUUUUUCGAUAGCAAUGGUUUAUCGUUGCUUACAGAUAUACAUUCAAUUUCCUCUCUACUAGCUUCCCGACUUUUCACCUACAACAAUGGCUGGAACCCGUUGCAAAGUUGUCCUGUUUUUUUUAAUAUGCAUAUUUAGCUUAUUUUAUAGAUUUAAAUGCAUAUUUUUGGUUUGUGUGUAUCUAUAUUUUGUAAAUUUUCCUACUAUAACUUCUGAGUGGUAUCAUUUCUCCAGCCAAUAAAUUUGAUCAAAUUACAUAUUUAAUAUCAUAGUGAUUUUGCGGGCCAAAUCGCAAAUUGUACGAACUAUUAGCUUUUUAGUUUUCGAUAAAUAUAUGUGCCUAUAAUUUGUGUGAUUUUGUGGACCGAAUAUUCGAGUUGGUGAAUGGGAACCUUGCAAGGUUUAUUGUUAAGCCAAAUAGGAUUUUUCACCAUAUGUAUAAAGACUCUACAGUAGCGUAUUAAAAUUCUUUGCUUUUUUUUCUGUGUGCCGUAGAUUGGUGUCACUAUUUACCAAUGGCGUAGCCGACUAUUUACAAAAGAAAUGGCUGUCCCGAGAGUUUCAUGACCGGUCAUUUACAGAGGCAGACAGCGUAGGCGUGACCAUCGGUCACGUGCAGGGCCUGUUGGCUGUUUUAGGGCUAUCGGUGGCCGUUGCUGUAGCUAUUAUGAUCACUGAAAUCGUCGUCAGCCGUGGAUCAUCGUCGUCGUCAUCUCUUUGGUUUGCAUGA